CGCAUGUUGCAGUAAAACCAAAAUUUAGCUAACAAAUAAAUAUUACAAGCAUGCCUAGCUGGCUCGGCCUCGAUCAUCGGACACUUGCUGUCGGGACUAUAGCUGUAACUACAAGCGUCGCAGCUUUCUCUACGUAUAAAUGGCUGUCGGAGAGGAGAAGGAGUGCCGCCGACAACGUGUACGAAUCAGAAAAGCUGUUGAACGAAUAUUUGGUAUUUCACUAUGGGUCGCAGAAAGAAGUAUGUCGUUAUGACUUUGGCCCAGUUGAUGCCCUUGACUUUCCCAAACGAUGUGCAGAUGUCUGUCUGAAGCAUACGGACGGAUUAGAGUCAAGGAUCCCAUCCAGAGCAUUAGAUAUUGGCUGUGCUGUGGGCAGAUCAAGCUUUGAGUUGGCCAGGAAGUUUAAGGAGGUGAUCGGUAUAGACUACAGCCAGUCAUUUGUGGAUGCUUGUAUCUACAUGAAGGAUCUCAAAGAACGAGUAUACUUUGUUCAGGACGAAGGACAUCUUACUACACCUCAUUUGGCUAAAGUUGCUGAUGAUAUUGACCGAUCCAGAACCAGCUUUCAGCAAGGCGAUGCCUGCAAUCUUCCCAAUGACCUUGGCCAAUUUGGAUGUGUACUUGCUGCAAACUUGAUAUGCCGUCUCCACCAACCAUUCAACUUCCUACGUAGACUUAAGGAUCUUGUAGCACCUGGUGGUAUCCUUGUCAUUACCUCACCUUAUACUUGGCUGCAGGAAUUUACAGACAAGAGUAUUUGGCUUGGGGGAUAUAAGGACAAAGACGGCAAUCCAGUGACAGGAUUUGAGACUCUGAAGAAAGAAUUUGGACCAAACUUUGACCUGGUGGAGGCUAUGAAUAUGCCAUUCUUUAUUAGAGAAACUGCUCGCAAAAAUCAAUGGACAGUUGCCCAUUGUACUGUCUGGAAGAGAAGAGCAAACUAGUUUGACAUUAAUCAAACUUGUCAUGGAUGAAUGGUGUAUGUCUGUAGUACCGGUAAAUGUACCCAGGCAAUCCUUACAUAUCAUUAUCCCAUUAUAGCUUGUGGCUAAAUCAUGAAUAUUGAUGCAAUAUUGAUAUAUUUUGUUACUAAUUGUCCCUCCAAUUAUGAUUGUAAUUAAGGAAUUCCAUAUACACAGAUUAAAAUAGAAAAACAGAUUAACAUAGAACUUGUUAUUUUUGUGGGUGUAAAUUUUAGAAGUUUUCAUUUAAAAUGUGAAAAUUCCUUUUCUAUGAAUUGGAAGUUUUCCUGCAUACCUUGAAGUUGAGAUGUGGAAAUAUCUAGUUUUUGUAUAUUAAAGUCAAACAAUGGUAGAGUAUGGGCAAUACCUGCUGGUAUGAUUCUGCAAGAUUUAAUAGAAUUUUCUACAUAAAGUUGUUCUGCACAAUGUAAAUUUAGCAUGUAUCUAAUUCUGUUUUUGUAAUUGUAGAUUACUAAGACAAUUCUUAUUUUAUAGCUGUCUGAAUUUGUAGUUUAUAUCAUGGAUGGUGGUUGCAAUUGUCAUAUUAUUUCAAUGAUAAUAUAUCACAAUCAGUGUUUUUGUUUAUAUGUUUAUGCCCCAGGAAUUAGCAAAAAUAUCAUCCAUAUGAAAAUAACCAGCUUUAUUAUGUGAUUGUGGAUUUUCUUACCCAUUGAUUCGUCAAAACAUCUCUCGUAGGUCUUAAUGUAAUAUGUAUUAUGAAGCAAACAAAAUCAGAAAGUGAGGUGAAUAUAACAGAAACAACAGUCCAACACCCUGUUUGGCAUCUCACGUGUGAAUAUUACAAUCCUGUAUUAUAUGCUGCAACUUUUGCCUUGGAAAAUAUCACCUCCGAGGGUUGAUAAAUCCUCAUAUUAACCUCGAAACGAGUCAUUAAUUGUAUAUUAGCGUAAUUUAAUGUCCUUGUGAUAUAUUGAUUGUUAUUUAUGAUUAGUCAAAUUUGAUAAAUCAAGGUUUUCAAAGGCUUUUAUUUCUUGCAGAACUUGCAUCUUGAUCUUGACAAUGUGCACUAAAAAUCGAUAUAUCAGCAUAGUCCUAAAUGAAUUGAAAUUUUGCUUUCAUUCGUCUUUUGAUUAUUGUCUUUUAAAAAUAAGUACAAAAUGAGCUAAAGCAACUUGACACAUUACAUAAUGUUAUGUUAUAAAUGGCAAAAUUGUAAUACUGCCUGCAAAAUACUUUAGGGUAAUGUAUUUUUGAAUGAGGAAUUUAUAUUUGUUGUUGUUGGUUUUUUUAAUACUCCCACUAUUAAUCAGAAAUAUAUUAGGGAAGAUAUUUAUAUUUCUUGUAGAGGAAAACAUGGCAGAUUGAAAAUAUGUCUGUCAAUAAGUCAACACUAUUGCAAUAUCAGUUGUGGAAAUAAUUGUGAUUUGGACAUUGAUAAAUCAUCGAAAAAAGUAUAUUCCUACUAUAUUUUGACAAUAUAAAAUAUUCUAUAUUUACAGCGUACAUUUUUUUUACAUAAUUGUCACAUUUUUAAUGUAUGUUGAACUGAUGGAUGGAGAAAGCUAUUGACAUUGUAACUUCAUUUGAUAUGUACUGUUGAAACUAAUAUGCUUGUGCCUCGUGUAAUUGUACACACUCCACUGUGCAAAUUUGUGCCUGGAAGUUCUGUUCACAUUAUUUUUUGAUGGAACUGUGAUUGUAAUGAUGGAACUGUUUGUAGUACCAAUAUUUAUCAUAUAUAUAUAAGGAUAUUUAAGUUUGUGGUAUUCACUCGGUUUUGCUCUCUAUGUUAUAUUGUCCACAUUCUUUUGUUGUUGUCAGUUGCAUUUAUGCAGAAAAUAGUUGCCAAAGACGUGUAGUUUACUGAAAUAUUCAUUCCAUGUUGGCUUCUAGUUUUUUUAUGUUGA